AGCAGUUCUCACCGCACAGAUAUUGGCCUCUCAAUUCCACCGUUUGGAAGCGAUAAACAAUCAGACCUGCCAUUCACGCCCACAGCCACAUAGCUUCACCCGACAUGUCAGUCGCUAGGGUCGCGCAGCCUACGACUCCCCAGUCGCCAGCGACGCCAGCAACACCAGCCGCCCAGACCCAGCUGUCGUACACACCCAACGGCUCCUGGCGACACCCCAAGUUUGACGAGAUCGCGCGCCGCCAGUACGCCACGACCUUUGAUGAGCGCAAUGUCAGGGCUAUUGUUGCGAAUGCGGGCCUUCUCUUCGUUUCCAUCUACGCGAACAGCAUCACCUCCAAGGUGAAGCUGCUCGACUAUGCUGUCACCCCCAUUAAUGCGCUGGUAACCACCGUCCCCUACAGCGAAUGGGUAGUCGUAUUAGUCCGGCUCGCCUUCGUCGCAAACAUCGUCAUCGCCUUCGCGCCUCUCGUCCGCCGCUACUACCCCGACGACAUCGCCGACAUCCCCCUCACUCCCUCGCAGCGCGCGUCCAUGGGCCUGAAAGCUGGCAUCUUGUCACCACCAACUCCCGGCUCCGCGUAUGCAUCACCCAACUACGUGACACCACCGCGCUAUCAGCGAUCUACACCUCGCAGCAGCAGCUUUAGCAACUACGGCGAGCGCUCCUCGCAAUCACCGCUGUCUGGAAGCCCGCGGGCAAGCUUUGGGCAGUCCUCUUCAAACUCGCCCUUCUCUCCAAAUAACACGAGUAGUCCGCUAUUCCAGAAGGCGCUUGGUGGAUCGACGACGAAGCGGUUGAGCUAUGGGGGGAGCCCGAUGAGUAGCAGCUUGUUUGGCGACAGCUCGAGUAGUGCUACACCCGGUACACCUACGCCGUCUACAGGCAAAGCGAGCGUGGGGCUGAACAACAAGUGGCUGUAUGAGAAGCGGAGAGACAGUCCCAAGAGCAGUCUGUUCAAGUGAGGAGGUUCAUUAGCCAUGUGUGUAAUUUACAUGUCGCUUUAUACCCGGAGAUAUUGCGCUGGCGUCCUGAACUUGGAAUUUUAAUACUUCAGCGUAGCAUGCAUAGCUGUUUUGGCAAAAUAUCAGCUCGUUUACCCAUCAUCCAUCGUAUCACACAAAGAGCGGAUCUUGUAUGACAUUGUACCAUGCUAGGAGCCUUCAACCCACGCUGCAAAAGCGGGAAAUGUGCAUUACAAGUGAUAAUACGUGACUAUUCGCAAUAUAUAGUCCCUCUCAGCACCCCAUUCUAUUAUGAGAACCGAUCCCCCUUCCUCGUCCGAUACACAUCACUAGCCUCGUAUUUACUCUUCUCCCUUGCCUUCUGCGCCUCAUCCUCCGGCGCAUGUCUCGUCGCGGCGGGGUCCUGGCUAGCCUGUAUCGACGGAUUCCCAUCUUCAUCCAGCUCCGCACCACCACCGCCACCCGAUUCCCCCCUCUCGCUCCUCAGCCGGCCC